AUGAAAUAUUCAAUUUCAUCUGCCGUUUUACUGCUCGUUGGUGCUUCAUCUGCACUGGCUGCAGUGGCUCCCCAUGGAGACUCGCCCCGCAAAGCAUACCAAAAGGGUUUGUCUCGCAGUUUUGGACCUGAAGUGCCUUAUCGGGAAUAUACUACGCCUAGUUGGUCUCAGCGCCAAAAAGAUUACAGCCAAUUUACUAUCACUGAUCAUGCUGAAGACAUUGCCGUUGCAUUUGCUGAAGCAGAGCUCACCUCCAGCGAAUUUGUCGUUACCAGCUCUUACAAGUCUGAUCUCAACGGUGUCACCCAUGUCUAUUUGCGCCAAAAGGUGAACGGACUGGAAGUUCUGAAUGGUGAUAUCAACAUCAAUGUAGAUCGCUUUGGUCAGAUCAUCUCUUACGGUGACUCAUUUGCUAGAGGCAUGAGUCUUAGCAACAAACAAGAUGCUACACUCUUCACGAAGGUGCAAAAAGGUCUUAGAGCCGUUUCAAGUUCAUUCACGCAAGUUAUCUUUGCUGCAUCCAGUCAGCCACAAGAAGAGUCCUCGGAAGAUGUCGUUUAUCCUAUCGUCAAUCAACACAAGGACAUCAUUGAUCCCGCUGAAGCCGUCUUAUCUCUGAUGACAUUCGUCAAGUCUUCCUUGCCUGAUCCAUCUGUGGUUGAUUAUCUCAUCCCUGAUAAUCUCAUCAUGGUCAAUCACCUGACGAAGCGCGGUGAAGACGAGGAACUGACUCUCCAGUUUGACAACGUGCCCUUUGCUCAAUCCCCUGUUGAAGCACGUCAAGCUUACAUUCAGAAAGAGAAUGGCGAUUUGCAGUUGGUCUGGGACUUGCAAUAUGAGUUGCAUGAUAAUUGGUACAACGGUCAUGUGAAUGCUCAUGAUGGCACCAUCGUUGGUUUGGUCGAUUGGGUUUCAAGUGCAGCCGCUUACAACGUUAUUCCAUUUGGCUACAACGACCCCAAUGACGGCAAGCAACAGCUCAUUAAGGAUCCUCAUGACAAGUGGGCUAGCCCUGACGGCUGGCAUGCCCAAGGUGUUCUCUCCAAGGGUGCCAAAACAUUCAAUGUCACUAUCGGCAACAAUGCUUACACUCACACCAACCCUGAUGGCGGAUCUGAUUGGCAAAAAAACUAUCGCCCCAGCGGCGAUGUGGAUGACAACGGCGAUAUCGUAUUUGACUAUGUCGCCAAUUUUGAAAAGGAUGAGCCUCAAGACUAUGAAGACGCCGCAGUGACCAACCUGUUCUACUGGUGUAAUACAGCGCAUGAUUUCUUCCACAGAUACGGUUUUGAUGAGAAGGCUGGUAACUUCCAACAAGACAACUUGGGACGUGGACGCAAGAAUGACGACGGCGAGGGUGAUGCUGUCAUUGCCAAUGCUCAAGAUGGCUCUGGCCGCAACAAUGCCAAUUUCGCUACUCCCCCUGAUGGUAAGCAUGGUAAGAUGCGCAUGUACAUUUGGGAUCAGACAAAGCCUAUGCGCGAUGGAGAUUUCGAAAGCGGUAUUGUCAUUCAUGAAUAUACCCACGGUGUGUCGAUUCGUCUCACAGGUGGCCCCAAGAACUCCAACUGUCUUGGCUGGGGAGAAGCAGGCGGCAUGGGUGAGGGUUGGGGAGACUUCAUCGCCACUGUGAUUCGCAUGCGCGAAGGCUAUACGCGCGAGGUCGAGUUUGGCAUGGGCGACUACUCCAAUGGUGGCGAUGGCAUUCGUAAAUACAAGUACUCUACCUCCAAUACUACCAACCCCAGCACUUACCGCAUAAUGGAUCGCUUUGACUACUGGGGCGUGCAUGCCAAGGGUGAAGUCUGGGCAGAGAUGCUGUAUGAAGUUUACUGGAACCUCGUUGAUAUCUUGGGGUUCACUCCUGAAUGGUUCCCUCCUACGCCUUCGGAUCCCUACAAGGUUGCUAUGGACGACGAAGAUCUCGACAAAGUGCGCACUCACAUUACAUCACAUGGUAACACACUUGCUGUGCAACUGGUUAUUGAUGGUCUCAAGCUGCAGCCUUGUAAUCCUACUUUUAUCUCUGCUCGUGAUGCCAUCCUGAAAGCUGAAGAGCAGUUGACUGGUGGCAAGUACUACUGUGACAUUUACCGUGCAUUCUCCAAGCGUGGUCUUGGCCCUGGUGCUAAGCUUGAAAAGAGAGGAUGGAUGGAACAGCGUGUUGAAAGCUACAGCCUUCCUUCUCAAUGCGAGGAAUGA